AUGGAGGAGAAAAAGUCUACAGUGAUCACUGCAGGUGGAGUCAUUGGAGGAGCGGCACCAGCUGCUGUUCCUGCUGCCAAGAAGGUUAAAAAGAAGAAGAAAAAGAAAGGAAAAUCCAACAGAAAGGGCUCGUCUCCUGCUAAAGACGGCCACAGCAAUGACCAGAAACAGCUAUUAUCUGCCAAGGCCCAGAAUGAUUCCUCCAAGCCCAUGUAUCUGGAAUUUGAAGACUCCAAAACAAACUUUUCCGACGAUCCACUAAGUGCCAAAGGAAGUGGCGGUGCAGAAUGGGCCCUAAGAGAAAGCAAUGACAUCCAUCUGGGGCCAAAGCGCAAUAGCAAGAAAACAAGUACCAUGGAGGAUCUGUACCAAAAUCCAACACUGCAACCUACACGAUCCAACGAACUCUUCUGGCUGUUCUUGUGUUUUAUGGGAAUUAUGGCAUCUUUUGUCUGCUAUGGUAUUCUUUUGGAGUAUACCACAUCAGGAGGACGAAAGCUCCAUGAACUCUCAUUCCUUUUCGUCACUUCUGGUUUGUACACAAUCACUGCUGCAGCUGGUCGGUAUGUCAGAGAUGAAACUCCCACCACAAUCCCUCCUGCUAGAUUUGCAGUUCUAGGCUUGACGUCCAUGGGGAGCACCUUUUGUUCGGUCCGAUCAUUGCGCUACGUCAUUUAUCCCAUUCAAGUCUUGGCCAAAUCCUGCAAGCCAGUUCCCGUCAUGAUUAUGGGAGCAUUCAUGGGCAAAAAGUACCCAAUGCGCAAAUACGCCAAUGUUCUCUUAAUUGUCCUGGGUGUGGCCCUCUUUAUGGGAGGAGGAUCGGGAGGUGGCAAACACAAGGCUCCGUCAGCUGGGUCCAAUAGCACGGCAACAACAGAGGCAGCAGCCGAAACCGAUGUCGAUGCCUCACCCAAUCAAUUUCUGGGCAUCGCAUUGCUCUUCAUCUCCUUGUGCUUUGAUGGUGGUACUGGAGCUUAUGAGGACAAACUCAUGAGCGUUCAUUCUGUGGGACCGUUUGACCUAAUGUACAACAUCCAACUGGGAAAGACCAUUCUGGCUGGUAUUGGGUUGUUGGUGCUCAACCAGAUACAUAUUUUCGUUCAAAUGUGCCAAGAAAUGGGUUUCCUGCUCGUGGCUCUGGGCUUGAGUGGAGCACUUGGACAGGUCUUUAUCUUUGUUACAAUUGCCAAGUUUGGUGCUCUAACUUGCAGUAUCAUCGGAUUGGCCAGGAAGGUAACGACGUUGGUGGCAAGUAUUUACAUUUAUGGACAUGCCUUGAAUGGAAUUCAAUUUACGGGUCUCGUCGUUUCAGUUGGAGCCAUGGUUAUGAACUUUUGGAAAAAGAAAGAACCAAAACCAGAGCCUCUUGCAGAAGAACGAGAUCCUCUGCCAGAGGAAAUGCGACAAAUGCUGGGAGAGUACAAAGACGAGGAAGCUGGACCUGGAGACGUUGAGUUGGCCCCAACACCGGCCCCCUCGAGUUCCGGUGGCGCCCACUGA